CUGUCCAGGCCACAGAGUCUGCAGCUGCAAUAAUGUCCAUAUUGUGUCUGCAUGCGCAUCUACAGCUUUUACUGACCCUGUAGCUGCGCUCUCACAGGGAAAACAAGCUUGAAGGAGUUACUGCUAUUGCAAGCUGCAACAUAAGGCAAAGAAGCUCUAAUAUGACAGCCGACAGACUGAAAGAGAUGGCAGGUGAAACCUUGGGGUCCAUCUAGGCUGGCUGUGUGUUGGAGGUUCACAGUGUGGAAAUAAUGUCGUACAGUAACAGAGAGCUGGUGGAGUUCUUUAUAAGGUACAAGCUGUCUAAGAGGAACUACCAAACCUCACUGCUGAGGCCGGAGGAUGCUGGUGGAAGGACAGAAGGAGACAAGGCCAAUGCGGCAGCCAGUAAUGGGUUGCUGGUCAACAGCAGGGACAGCAGUGGUCAGCCAGGGGCGUCAUUAUCACCGUGUGGUGGCAUAGAGGCUGUAAAGGAAGCUCUUAGGGACUCUGCUGAUGAGUUUGAACUGCUCUUCACACAAGCGUUUAGUGACCUUUCCUCCCAGCUUGACAUCACUCCUGACACAGCCUACCAGAGUUUUAAGAGUGUGAUGGAUGAAGUGUUCAAGGAUGGAGUCAACUGGGGACGUAUAGUGGGCCUGUUUUGCUUUGGGGGUGUAUUGUGUGUGGAAUGCGUUGAGAAGAAUAUGAGUGAGCUGGUUUCCCGCAUCGCAGACUGGAUGACCAUGUAUCUGGAUGAGCACCUCAGUCCGUGGAUCCAGAGCCAAGGAGGCUGGGACUGCUUUGCUGAGAUUUUUGGGCGAGAUGCCAUUGCAGAAGCGAGGAGAUCUCGGGAGACGAUGAGGAGAUGGCUGCUAGUUGGAGUGGCGCUGCUGACAGGAGUGCUGAUCGGUGUGCUCAUCGCUAAGAAACAGUGAAGAUGCUGCAUCUCAUUCACAGCGGCGCUCCCUGUGUAAUGCUAGGCCAACACAAAUACAACUAAAUAGUUAAUGUUUACAAAAAGCCCAGUCUGCUUGUGCACUGACAGAAUGUGGAUUAGCUAAAGCAGUUUGUGGGAGUGUACAUCAUAUGUAGCUUGGUGAGCUGUUGUACUUCUCACCCCGCUUUAUCCAGUGUCUUUAAUUUUUUUUUUUUUAACACACAGCAGAGAGUUUCAGUCGUUAAAGGCUGUUAACUCGCCAGACUGGAAGUGCUUUAAAUGAACCCGAUAAGCUAAGGAACAGUGAAAAAGAUGAGACUUGAGAUUGAUGAGACUGCUCAUUUUUAUUUUUUCUUUGUGUGUUAUCCAAGGACCAAUUAUCACUUUUACAAAUUUUACUUAAAAACUGACAGCGGACAGAAAAUAUAAGUUAUAUUUCCUUUUCACUGUGUAAGCUCCUUUUGUUGGCUGUACUGGAGUUAAGGCAUGCUUAUAAAUAAAUAUAUUUAUGUUUUU